AUGACAGCACGGGUCGUUAGGGAGCUUACCCACUACAAAGUGGACAUUUUUGCUCUCAGUGAGCCCCCACAAAGGAAGAAAGUGGGUGUCGGAUGCGCUUUAUUCUGGAACGGGCGUCCAAGAGUCGCAUGGCGAGAAACUGGAGUCACCUCCACCAUCAGGAACAAUGUCAUGAGUCGUCUGUCUUGUCUGCCACAAAAACUCAAUGACCAUCUCUCAACCAUGAAGCUGCCACUGUUAGGGAACACAUUCGCCAGCAGCGUUAUCGCCGACGCCCCUAUCCCAAUCAUCAACUUAGAUGACGUGAAAAACAAGCUCUACAAAGACCUGCAAGUCCUCCUAGCAAAUCGAGUGUCUUGGGUGUCCUCAGUACUCGAGUGGCCACAGGCGAUGCUGUCUGGGAGAGAGCGCCCAAUCGCUAUAGGACUGACAACGAAAUCCGCAAUCUGCUCUCCAGGAGCCACAUUUGACACACGAUCCGCAACGUCAGUAGCAAUAACGCCAGUAAAACUGCAUACUUCUGGCGCCACCUUUUAA